CAUACGUUAAUUUUCCUUUUAAGGUAGGCUACCUGUCAUUACACGUUUAAUAUUUAAUUAAGAUUUAUGUACUGUUGUGUAUAACAACUUGUUGUGUUUAAUUUAUAUUUCUUACAGCUACGUUUACAAACUUCUUAAUGAAAAACUUUAGACAUAUGCAAGAAAAUGUCGGCACUAUUGCUUUUGAAACAAUCAAAAUGUUAAAGCCAUUAUAGGAAAGCAUAGUUCCAUUUUCGUACAUUUCAUCGUUUUUAUAGCGCAUGCGUGAAAAAUCACCCCAGCAAGUAUUCUAUUGGUUCAAAGAUUGGCGUUGCUUAUGCACGUGAUCUCUAACUGGCAAAAAAAGAAAGGGCGAGUCUGUUUGUUAUCUUUCAAUCGUUUUUGUUGCAGAGAGAAGAUUACACGAAGCUUGUGUUUGGUGAAGAAAUAUAAACGUCAGUGAUCUUUAUCUAAAAACGAUAAGACAUAGUUAAAUCAAAGUUUAAGUAGAUAUGGGAGAUUCUGCAACUUUAAAAAAUGAAGACAGCCAGUCAAUUGAUAAAUCUAAGAUAUUCAACGAUCCAAUUCAUGGUUUCAUCGAAUUUCAUCCAUUGUUGGUCAAGAUUAUCAACACACGACAGUUUCAGCGUUUGAAAGAUAUCAAGCAGUUGGGACUCUGUGAUUACGUUUACCCUGGAGCAACUCACACAAGGUUCGAACACUCUCUUGGAACAUCUUAUUUGUGUGGAAAAUUGAUCGAUAAACUUUACGAGCUUCAUCAUUGAAAUCACAAAGAGGAACGGUUAUGUGUCAAAAUAGCAGGUCUUUGUCGUGGUCUUGGCCAUGGACCGUUCUCUUAUUUCUUCGAAAAGUGUAAAGACCCCAACAAAGAAGACGAAAAGGUAGAAAGGACAUGUCCAUUUACAGGCCAACCAAAAUGGUUUCUUUAUGAAAUCGUGUCAAACAAACGAAAUGGUAUCGACUGCAACAAGUUUGAUUACUUUGCCCGUGACUGCGCUAAUGUCGGUGUGAAAAGUAAUUUUGACUACAGACGCUACUUUGAAAAUGUUCGCAUCAUGUCUAUUAACGACCAACUUCAGAUCUGCGUACGUGACAAAGAGGUGUUUAACUUGUACGAGAUGUUCCACACACGUUGGUCCCUCCAUCACAGAGUUUAUCAACACAAAACUCAGGCACCAAUAGAAGAUUUGCUAGCUAGGGCGUUUUACGAAGUCGAUAAAAUCAUGAAAAUCUCAGAAGCUGUGAACGAUAUGAAACGAUACACCGUUCUAACAGACAGCAUUCUGUAUGACAUCUUACGAAAUGAGAGCGGGAAGCGAGUUGUCAGAAAAGCGCAGGAGUUGAUAAGAUGCAUACAAGAACGGAAGAUUUACAAAUUCUGUGGUCAGACUGAUCUACCGUCGAGUUUCACUUGCCCAAAAGAGGAUGAAAUCGUCCAAAAGUUGAUUGAUCUAUCAGAAAGAAAAUUAACAAAGAACGACAUAUUUGUUUCUGUAGUGGAGUUCGACUUUGGGAUGAAAGAUAAAAAUCCAGUUGAUGCUGUCAGGUUUUUUGAUAAAUCACGCAGGGAAACGUUUGCGAUAAAAAGAGAGAAAGUUAGUAAAAUGUUACCACAAAAUUUCCAGGAAACUUAUGUCAGAGUUUACGCAAAAAACCCGGAACGAAAUGAAGACCAGAUUCAAUUGAUUAAUAAAAUAUUUGAAAAAUGGUGCGAUGAUAAUGAAUUUCCAAAGCCAUAUGUUCCUAAAGCCUUAUGAACUAUUUUAUGCCACAUCUUUCUGUUCUAAAAACGUACUUGACAGUUUCAUAUAACUUAAACUACAUAUCUUAAAUUCAAAACACCAAUGAUUAUAGACACUUUAAAUGCCCAAGUCGGACAAUAUAUAUGGAAAAGUAAAAAAAUAGUUGGAGUGUAAAAGAUGGAAGAACGGAAACAAAGGAAUGAAUAAAUAUUGAUAAGUAUAUUAUAAUCUAUGCUAAAAUUACUUUAUGUUAGAGCAGCACAAAAUUGAAUCAAAAUAAAAUGAAAAGUAUUAUAAUAAACUUUCAAAUUUCAA